GGGACGAUGAUGGCAUGGGUGACGUCAUCAGGAAAGCAGCCGCGCCGGCCGGGGAGGGGAGUUAUAAAAAGGCCCAGAAGAAUGAGCGGGAGUCCAUCAGGCAGAAGUUGGCUCUGGGCAGUUUCUUCGACGAUGGCCCCGGACUUUACACCAGCUGCAGCAAGAGCGGCAAGCCGAGCCUCUCCUCCCGAUUACAAAGUGGGAUGAACCUGCAGAUUUGCUUCGUGAACGACAGCGGCAGCGACAAGGACAGCGAUGCCGACGACAGCAAGACAGAAACCAGCCUGGACACGCCGUUGUCGCCCAUGAGCAAGCAGAGCUCGUCCUACUCCGACAGAGACACGACGGAGGAAGAGUCGGAGUCCCUCGACGACAUGGAUUUCCUCACCAGGCAAAAGAAACUCCAAGCUGAAGCCAAAAUGGCCUUGGCUAUGGCAAAGCCCAUGGCCAAAAUGCAGGUCGAGGUGGAAAAGCAGAACAGGAAGAAAUCACCAGUAGCGGAUCUUCUGCCACAUAUGCCUCAUAUAAGUGAAUGCCUGAUGAAGAGAAGUUUGAAGCCCACUGAUCUAAGAGACAUGACUAUCGGGCAGCUACAAGUGAUAGUCAAUGAUCUCCACUCACAGAUAGAAAGCUUGAAUGAGGAGCUG